AUAAUAAAUUUAGAGCUCAAGAUAAAAAAAUUUUACUUUUAGUUGACAAUGCACUGUCACAUUUUGAUCUGCAUGAGGAUGAACAAGAUAAUAAUACUGAUGAUGAUAUUGAAUAUAAUAAUUUUGGUGAACAAAGCACUUCUAGUUCUACUUCUCGCUUAAAUAGAAAUUUUCAUAAAAUUGCUAAAGAUUAUCUCUCUAAUGUAAUACAAAUUGAGCAAGAUAUAUUAAUCUGUGAAGAAGAUACAAAUCAGAUAAUUGAAGAUAGUUCUUAUUCUAAUUUAUUAGUAGAUGUAUUGAAUAACUAUUUUGGUAGUCUUGAUGAAAAAAUUCUAACUGAAGAUAUUUUAAAUGAAAAUGAUAUUAUAGAGUUAAUUCAAAAUAAAAUUUGCAGUAAAAAAGAUAAUUCAAAUUAUUCUGAUGAUUCUAAAAAGGAACCUGAAUUAGUAUUAUUAAAUAAUGCAAGUAAAUAA